GUUGCUACUUCCUUGCAGUUGCUUUUUAUGUUUAGAGAUUGAGAGAGCAGAGCCAGUGAAGAGUACAGGUGUAACAGAAUGAAAGCAUGAGAGAGACAAUGUAGGGAACUCAAAUGAUUUCCACCAUUUGGCUAGCUAAUAGAGCAUGUGUUGAGGCAAUAUCCUACCAUAACUUACUUGUAAAGGCAUGUUACAGAUCCUGGUUUUGCUUCCAAUCAAGGGAUGACUGACUCAUUGCAGCUCCGUAGAUGGUAAGAGCUCAUGCAUUUUAUUUUGUGAGCUUCAGCCCACAAAAGCUUGUACUAUCUCGUUAUUACACUCUGGUUAGUCUUAUAAGGUACAUAUCUGCUCUGCUUUCUACUCAACACCAGUGGGCUGUCAGUCAGGUUAAAUCAGGGGUUGUCAACCAGGGGUAUGUGUACCCCUGGGGGUAUCUGGACUGGUCCUAGGGGGUACACGCAGGCAGGCGGGGACAGAGGGCUGCAGGGCUGGGGCGGGUGAGGCUGGUGGCGCCCCUCUGCAGAGCGGGGAAGCUCGCACGCGGCCACACCAGCCCAGUGAGCUUCCCCACCCCACAGAGGUGAGGGAUAUGUUUAAGGAUAUAUAUUUUAGGGAUAGAGGGGUGCUGCUGCCCUCACCCCAGCCCUGGUCCUGCUCCUGGGAGGCGGCAGCACUUCAUCCCCGCCCGCGCACCGUCCCUGCCUCCUGCUCCAAGUUCAACCGUGCCCCUCGCGCUCGGCGUCUGGCCGCCGGGUUACUCAGAUUUUAAAAGGUUGAACACCCCUGGGUUAAGUCAUAAAAUCGGAGAGAAGCAGGGCUGUGGCAGCGGUCAGUGUCAGUGGUGUGGGCAGCGCCUUUUCGCAGGGGUGCACCUGCGUGCAAUCCCGUGCACCCCCUAUGCCUCGCCAAUGCCCUUUAGUCUAUCACAACCAUCACGUAGCCGUAACCCAGCACCCUCAAAGCCCGGCCCGCACAGCAGCCAACCCGGCUUCAACUCCGUGUCCAAAUACUUCAUGUCUGCGCGAGGGCGAUGCCCGCAGAGCCAGCACGUUGAGGAAGCAGGUGUUUUUCCUGAAGGCCACACGGGCUGCAGUGCUCGAGAGCCCAGACAGCACCUGUCCCCGUCGCAGAGCCGCCUUACGGGAGCGCUCCCCGCGCAGGAUUCAGGGUCCAGCCCCGCAGCGAGGUGGCCGCCCUGCUCCGGGGGAGCCGGGGGUGAGCCCACGCGGGUCCCGUCUCCUCCUCCGCCGGGGGUGGCAGGAGGCGCCGGCGGCGGCAACGACUUCCAGUGGUGCUUCUCCCAGGUGAAGGGGGCCAUCGACGAAGACGUGGCGGAAGCUGAUAUUAUUUCAACAGUUGAAUUUAAUUACUCUGGAGAUCUUCUUGCAACAGGAGACAAAGGUGGUAGAGUGGUUAUAUUUCAAAGGGAACAAGAGAAUAAAAGCCGUCCUCAUUCUAGGGGAGAAUAUAAUGUUUACAGUACCUUUCAGAGUCAUGAACCUGAGUUUGAUUACUUGAAAAGUCUAGAAAUUGAGGAAAAAAUUAAUAAAAUUAGGUGGUUACCACAACAGAAUGCUGCUCAUUUCCUACUAUCUACAAACGAUAAAACUAUUAAAUUAUGGAAAAUAAGUGAAAGGGAUAAAAGAGCUGAAGGUUAUAAUUUGAAAGAUGAAGAUGGAAGACUUAGGGAUCCAUUCAGAAUCACAGCACUACGGGUGCCAAUAUUGAAACCCAUGGAUCUAAUGGUAGAAGCAAGUCCCAGAAGGAUAUUUGCUAAUGCACAUACAUAUCACAUAAAUUCUAUUUCAGUAAAUAGUGAUCAUGAAACGUACCUUUCUGCAGAUGACCUAAGAAUUAAUCUAUGGCAUUUAGAAAUCACAGAUAGAAGUUUUAAUAUUGUAGAUAUUAAGCCUGCGAAUAUGGAGGAACUAACAGAAGUGAUUACUGCUGCAGAGUUCCACCCACAUCACUGUAAUGUGUUUGUCUACAGUAGUAGUAAAGGAACUAUUCGACUCUGUGAUAUGCGUUCUUCAGCUCUCUGUGAUAGGCAUUCAAAAUUUUUUGAAGAGCCUGAAGAUCCCAGCAGCAGGUCAUUCUUUUCAGAAAUCAUUUCAUCAAUAUCUGAUGUAAAAUUCAGCCACAGUGGUCGAUAUAUGAUGACACGAGACUACCUUUCGGUUAAAGUAUGGGAUCUCAAUAUGGAGAACAGACCUGUAGAGACAUAUCAAGUUCAUGAAUAUCUUCGAAGCAAGCUUUGUUCCUUGUAUGAAAAUGACUGCAUUUUUGACAAGUUUGAAUGCUGCUGGAAUGGUUCUGAUAGCGCUAUCAUGACUGGAUCCUACAACAAUUUCUUCCGGAUGUUUGACCGAAACACACGGCGGGAUAUUACUUUAGAAGCAUCAAGGGAGAGUAGCAAACCUCGUGCCAUCCUAAAGCCACGCAAAGUGUGUACAGGUGGUAAGAGAAAGAAAGACGAGAUAAGCGUUGACAGUCUGGACUUCAACAAGAAGAUCCUUCAUACAGCAUGGCACCCCACAGAAAACAUCAUUGCUGUAGCUGCCACCAAUAACUUGUAUAUAUUCCAGGACAAAAUUAACUAAAAAGAUGGCUUAAUUGAGGACAAAGUCUCGUCGUCUUGCAUAGUUAAGCUCAGUUGUUUAUCUGUAAAAGAGAAGGCCUUGUUGUCCUACCAGUAAAGAACAUUGAUGCACUUACUUCCCUUUAUAGAUAAAGGAGAAAAGCUGGCCUGGUUUUGAGUUUGUGGUGUAGUUCUGCCUUCAUUGGAGGGGGGUGGGGAGUGGAAUGCAAAUUGCAGUUUUCUGAAAGAAAAAAGCCCUCUUGAAGCAGAAUUGAUGGACAGUGCUCAAUAAAGGCCAAUACUCAAAACAAAUGUAUUUAUUUAAGUCUGAGCCUUCCUUUCCAGUUUAUAGACCAAAAAUUUAACAACCAAGAGAAAAAAUUGUCAUAAAUGUAAUUUCUAUCUCUCUCGCUCUUUCUCUGCUGUAAUAUUUGGGCCUUUGAAAACAUAUAUUGUGCUUUAUGCCUGUAAACAUUCCUCCUCUGGCCUUUAUCUAGGCUUAGGUGUUUUUACCUUUGAGCACUUAGGUAGGUCUUGAGUUGGGUUCAUAGACAGGUUCCAUGAAUAUUUACUCACCAACUGUAUCUAUAACCACACCUUCUGGUGUAAACCACUUAAUAAAAAUAACAAACUAUAAAAAGUGUUUUUAAAUCUGAAAGUAUGUAUUCAGUCUUUUAUUUUUUUAUUGCAUGUAUUGAGAUUGUGCAAAAUAAUUCUAAUGGGGAAUUUGACAAUGUUUGUCCCAAAACUUGGAUUUUUUGACAGCCUGGUAUAAACUGUUUUGUGUAGUAUGAAAUAUUUCAAAUUCUAAAUUUAGUUUCCACAGAAUUGUCAUUAAGUUGUGUUGGAUUUCUGUAAAAUUACAUCUGUAUACACAAACUAGGGGAUUUGAGAAGGUUGGUAUAAAAACAUCUACAGCCUAAAAGAGAGAAACUACUUUGCACAGAAGGGAAUAUACAAUAAAACAUUGAAUCAAAUUUCUGCUUUGACAAUAUAAAAUCUAUUUUUAACUAAUGCCUCUCAGAUGUUUGACACAGAGACAUACCUUAUGUGCAUUACUUUUUUUAUAUUUUUAGUGACUUAUUUUGGAAAAAUACACUUUUACUUUAAAUAGUAAAU